UCAAGAAUGUUGUAGAGAUCAAAUCUUUAAGCACAAAAAGUCUCAUGUCAUCAACAUCAUCAUCUUGUUCUUGUUCUCCUAUGGGUACUUCAAUGGGAAUGUUUUUUGCUGAUAUGAAUUCACUCUCUAUAAACACUCCAAAAAGUCUUGAUGAGGGUAAAGGGAGGAGGAGGGGUUCUUGGGAUUUUCAAUUCUUGAAUAAAGGGGGGUCUUUUUUUUCUUCUCAGAGUCUUGAUGAAGCCCAAAAUAGUGAAGAAAAUAAUGAGACUAUUGAUCUUAAUGCUUCUUGUUUCAAUGAAGAGAAUCCAAUUACAAUGCAUAGUACUUUUAUCAGUAAUAAUAAUAGUAGUAGUAGUGGUUGUGGUGGUAAUAAUGGCAAGGAAACAGAGAAUGGACAAUCAAAGCUUUGUGCUAGAGGUCAUUGGAGACCAGCUGAAGAUGCUAAGCUUAAAGAACUUGUUGCUAUUUAUGGCCCUCAGAAUUGGAACCUUAUUGCAGAAAAGUUAGAAGGAAGGUCAGGAAAAAGUUGUAGAUUGAGAUGGUUUAACCAGUUAGAUCCAAGAAUCAACAGAAGGGCAUUUAGUGAAGAGGAAGAGGAAAGAUUAAUGGCUGCUCAUAGAUUGUAUGGUAACAAAUGGGCAAUGAUAGCAAGACUAUUUCCAGGGAGAACAGACAAUGCAGUGAAGAACCAUUGGCAUGUAAUAAUGGCUAGAAAAUAUAGAGAACAAUCAAGUGCUUAUAGGAGGAGAAAAAUGGGACAAUUUGUUUACAGAAGAUCAACAACUACAGUAGUUGAAGAAGUAGAAAAUUCAAGUGGCCAAAAUUCUGUUAACCACUUUGCUGCCACUUGUAGUAUGAAAAUGAAUAAUGAUGGUCCAAAUGGUUGGGUUGUUUAUGGACCAAAUGGCUCACCCCACAUGGCUGCUUCUGCUGGAGAAGCAGCAGCAACUCCUAGUAGCACCAAUAAUGUGCCUCUCUAUUCUCCAUACUCACCAUUUUGUGCUCCCCCUUUUGACUCAUUACCUGCAGGUCAUUGUGGGAAUGAGAUGAUGAAUAUUCUAAACCAACAAGCAGGCAGAUCUUGGGAUAGGCAAAGUGAAAUUACUCAUCAACACCACCAACAUCCAUCUAAUUCAUUAAUGAUGAUGAAUAGUAUGCAACAAGAUCAAUCACAGUAUGUCUUGCAGUUUCCUUGUGUUACACAAAUUUCAUCAUCAUCAACAGAACAAGGACUAGUAAAAGAGGACAAAAGAAGCAACAACAACAGUGAUAAUACCACAAUUGCACCACCAACACCACCAUUUAUAGACUUUCUUGGAGUAGGAGCCAUUUGA